AUGGUGUUCCGUAACCGAGCUCUCGUACGUUACAUAUGGUUCUGCAUCGAGCUAGAUGCGUACGACUGUUCCGAAUGCGAGCCUCAGUCCCGUGAUCCAGAGACCUGGGGGUUCAGCGACGAGGACAAUGUCCGGAUCGUGAACGGAUUCGAGGCCUUGUUCUCGACUCUCGGCACGUGGGAGCCGCGACCGAGCGGGGAAAUGCUGCAGCUUGAUAUCAGCAUCCACUCCCCGAGCGACUCGGAGCACUGGUUCAAAUAUCUCACGUUUGAGCCCGAUUUGCCUCCGGAAGAAUGCGCACUUCCGUCAGCGGAGCAGCAGUCUGUGCUCAUUCGAUCUGAGCAUGAUGAUCUCAGGCAUGGCUGGAGGGCUGGCCGUCAAGUCUCACUUCCGCCUUGGAAGGUGUUCCAGAAGGUGUUUGCCGAAAUCAUGAUUGGUGGACCAUUCAAGGAUGAAGAACAGGAGAUGGAGUGGUGGCGCCAACUGCCGCUGGUCCCGGCCGUAACAAGCGUGCUUCUACGUCAACAGACCCGUCGGCGAUGGAAUCCCCAGGCACUGGCGCAGCUGUUCUCACGCUUCCCCAGGCUGCAGGAAAUCCACUACGAGCCCUGGAGGGAAUGGGAUGCUACGCAAGACAUUCUUACGGAUCGAUUGUUUCCAGAGCUUUUCCGGUCACUCGCUUCCAGCCAACAGCCGCUUGAGAGACUAGUCAUCUUUGAGAACUUCUCACCAGACUACGCGGCGGCCGUCAACGAAGAGAGCUGGGUUCCUCCUGAUUGGGCUCCUCCGCAUUGGAUCCCUCUGAUUCGCCCCGCUCGAUUUGAAUUUUGCAGCCCUUCUCGGAUCGCGAGCCCUGAUGUUAGCCACGCGGUCUGCUCCGCUAGCCUCAGACUCGAACAGCUGUCAGCUUCAUUCAUCGUGGAGGCCAGCCAUUUUUUCGACUGCGCUAACAAACAUACAUCGUGGGCAUGGGCGAACCUGACUUCCGUCGCUCUGACUACGCAGCUACUCGUGCCAGGGGCAAGUUUGACGCGGAUCGAGGAGAUGCUUCGGGAAGCAGCCGCGACGGCCCUGAGGAUGCUCAAGCUGGAGAACAUGGAGAUAUGGAACGGACAAAAAGAGUUUGCCAUGCUGUUUCGAUACCAGCACCGGCGGCCUCAUCCCCUGCCCGGAACACGGCGGUCCGCUGUGAUAACAUGGAAGGGAACAUGGACGCGUGCCCAGCUCUCACGCUUGCGGCCUCCGGUGACGGACGCUUGGGAAGCAGUGGCAAGGCAACAGAACAGCAACGGAGUGACCACCGUCGAGGAGGUGCUGAGCGAAAGUGAUGCCGCUGAGAUCAAGUCACAUGGCGAUGCAAUUCGCUACCUGGAUCUUUCAAGUUCGGUGAUUCGGCCCAUAUCAUUGCGGCAGAUUCAAAUGGAGCAGAUGAUUCGCGACGGAGGCCAUGAUUAG